CAAUCGAGUAAUAUGGAUAUGGAAGAAAUAGAUGACUCCUGCUUUCAUGAUCUUGUAUCAAGAUCCUUUUUUCAACCAUCAAAAAUCAAUGAAUAUGGCUUCAUGAUGCAUGACCUUAUUCAUGAUUUGGCUAGAUUUGUAUCAGGAGAAUUUUGCGUAAACAUAGAAGGUGAUGAUUCAUGCAAAAUAUCUAGAACAAUGCGAUAUCUAUCCUAUGGAGGUGUAAAAUAUGAAAUUUUGAAUAAAAUUCUGGAAAUCUCUACAGGUCAACAUUUGCGCACUUUCACAACUUAUCAGCCACUGAAUCAGUCAAGAUGCCAAUGGGCUAGACGAAUGGAUGAUGACAUAAAACUUGGUUUAUUAUCAAAAUUCAAGCGUCUAAGGGUAUUGUCUCUGUCAGAUAAUGAUUAUAUAGUUGAAUUAUCUGAUGUGAUCAGCAAUUGGAAGCAUUUACGUUACUUGAAUUUAUCUGGAGCACUCAUAAAAAGGUUACCGGAGAUUGUCACUACUUUGUAUAAUCUGCAAACUUUGUUAUUGAGUAGAUGUGUUUAUUUUGUUGAGUUGCCGACUCACAUUGCAAGGUUGAUCAAUAUGUGCCAUCUUGAUAUCAGAGGUACAAAAUUACAAGAGAUGCCAUCACAAAUGGGUAAGCUAAUGAAGCUCCAAAAUUUAAGUGAUUUCUUUAUAGGAAGGAGGACUGGUUCUAGUCUUAAAGAGUUGGGGAAACUUCAACAUCUGCGAGGGGAUCUUUCGAUUUGGAAUCUUCAAAAUGUUGUAGAUGUUGAAGAUGCUUCUGAAGCUAAUUUGAAGAAUAAAAGGCAGCUUAGGAAGUUGAAUUUGAAAUGGGAUGGUGAUGGUGAGGAUUCAGGGCGUGAAAGAUGCAUACUUGAGCAAUUACAGCCUCCAACAGAGUUGGAAUAUCUUCACAUUUUUGGUUAUAAUGGUACAAGAUUUCCAGAUUGGUUAGGAGAUUCUUCUUUCUCAAAUAUGGUAUCUUUAGAGCUCAGUAGAUUUCAGUACUGCUCCUCCUUACCACCACUUGGGCAGUUAGUGUCUCUAAAAGAGCUUCUGAUUGAAGGAUUUGAUAGAGUCCAAGUUGUGGGCCCUGAGUUCUGUGGAAGUUGCACAUCCAUUGAGAAGCCAUUUCGAUCCCUUGAAAUUUUAAGUUUUGCAGAUUUCCCAGAGUGGUAUGAAUGGAUUCCUUGUGUGGGAGCUUUCUCUUGUCUCCAGGAGCUUCACAUAUUCAAUUGUCCAUUUUUGACAAAAGCCUUGCCAACGCACCUUCCUUCUUUAACAAAGCUUCAGAUUGAUGGAUGUCAGCAGCUAGUGGUGUCAUUUCCACCCACCCCAUCCAUUGUUGAUAUGGUAAUAGAAGAUGAUUCUCGUGAUGUGAGACUUGAGAAAUUGGCUUCUGGACUGUAUGGUCUUAGAGUCGGUGGUUCUAUCUCUCUAGAUUUGGUACUAGAGUGGUUGGAGCAAAUGCAUGUUUUUUCUGCUACUUUAGAAGCAAUUCAGAUCUCCGACUGCGAUCCGCUUAGGUGCUUUUCGUUAGAAUUGUUCCCGGAGUUAAAGCGUCUUGUCAUUUUUCAUUGUCCAAAUCUGGAAUGGCUAUAUGCAUCUCAAGGAGAUUUCAUGCAGUUGGAAACAAAUAGAUUCUCCUCCAAACUAGAAUUGCUUCAACUUGAUUGUUCCAACAAACUCUAUUGUCACUUGCAAUGGAUUUUGCAAACUCUACCAUCUCUUUCACAGCUCUCUAUCCAUUCAGACCACAAUGCAGAAUCUUUCCCUGAGAUUACAUUGUUGCCUUCCUCUCUAACCUCCCUUGAAAUCCACGAUUUUCAGAAUUUGAAAUCUCUGGACUGUGGGGGCCUUCAACACCUCAAGUCUCUUAAACAACUUACAAUCUCGGGAUGUCCUAAGCUCUCUUCAAUUCCAGAUGGGGGCCUGGCCUCCUCCAUUUCAUUGUUGUGCAUCAUGGAAUGUCCUUUGCUUGGAGAAAGGUGUCAACGGGGGACAGGUGAAGACUGGUCCAAAAUUUCUCACAUCCCUCAUAUAGAGAUUAAUUGGGAGAAGAUAAAUUGAGCUAGAAGACUUGGAUUUGUUUCUCAAAUUCCCUGAAAAUUGGAAUCUAAGAAAGACAUGGUUGAUCUUUUUCUCUAUGCAUUUGAGGCUUCUAUUUUGACCUUUUUUUCUCUUAACCUAAUUCAGUUCUGGCUGUCAAUAGAACUGGAAUGCUGGCCUCUGGUGACUUUUAAAUCCAAAACUGGACACAGCAGUAGUUCAAAGAUUGACAGCACAGGCUCUGCCAAAGAUGUUGCAACAUUGAGUAUUAGAUCUCUCUACAGAUGCAUGUACAAAGCAAUUUAGUAUUUCUAUACAUUAACAAAAUGUGUGAGCAAGAUAUUUAAGGAGCCAUCCUAGAUUGUUUGAUCAACAUGAAUAGGGAAGCAUUUGGUAACC